AAGUCUAGGAUUCUGUCCUUCCUCAGAAAUUUGGGCAGACCUCCUUGUUGGACAUAUCUCCUCCAAAAAUCCAUAAUUGAAAGAUAUUAUUUUCUAGCUGUCUCUCCUUUAGACAGAUAUUGGGUUUCUUUGCCCCCAAGGAAAAUGGGUCUUUCAGUGGUUUAGGAAACCCCUUCUCCAUGCGGGCUUUGGACAUGAUUUUCAAGCAACCUUGGCCAGUUCUGACCACCCUAAACAGACGUGUAUUGCCAACAGGUUCUCUCUUGAGUAGCAUCAACAAGCCCUCACUUGGGACAUCUUGCAACCGUCUGGUUGCACUCCAGGCCAGAUUUAGCAAGUCCCGGGCCUCUCCUCUCUCGUAAAGCAUAUGCCGCCUUUGUGUCCAAUAGUUUCCCAUCACAUUCCCACCUGCCCUCGCCUAUAACCUAGAAUCCCUCGCUGGGGCCUGUGGCAAGGACAAGCAGCGUGUACACACAACAAAGUGCGUCAAGGGUAUUUUUCCUUUUAAUGCUGGAUGUUGACUGUAAUCAGAGUUAUGGGCUUUCCCCUUCCCCUGCAGAGGCUGUGAGAGACUAGGGAGAGUAGACAGGAAGGAAGCAAUGUGUGUGUGUGUGCGUGGCGCGGGCGCAUUCAUUUUGCAUUGAACAUCUCUUAUGCAAAAACUUCAAGGAGACAGGAAACCUUGGUUCAUUUGCUGCCUCCUUUCGCAUGACCGACAAACGUUUUGCCAGAACAGCGGUGGCACCCUUGCUAUUCCCAUAUUGGUUCCCUUGCUGUUCCACUCUGCAGGGUGGUUGUGGCUAGUAAGCGCAGAGGACAACAGAGGCUCUUGCCUGGACAAGGAAAAUUAGAAAAGCUUGUUUUGAACAGGGGGAUGUCCAUGUAAGAGCGCCGCCAUGUCAAUGUACCUGAAGCAUUUUACAGUGGUGGGGGAUGAUCCCACUCAGUGGAACAAUGACUACAAGAAAUGGGAGGAAGAAGAGAUGGAGGAGGAAAGGGAAGGAAAGAUGCCGGACACGGCAGUCAAAGUCGACUCUGCGCCUAGGCCACCAUCCUUCCGGGAAGUGAUGAAAAAGUUGUUCCAGUCGCACAAAUUUCAGAUAUUGAUUGUCGGCCUAGUUAUCUUCGAUGCUGUCUUGGUGCUUGGGGAACUGCUUUUGGACUUAAAAAUCAUCCAUCCGGACAAAAAUGAGAUUGCACCCAAGGUCUUCCACUACCUGAGCCUCUCCAUUUUAACCCUCUUUCUGGUGGAAGUGAGCUUCAAGCUCUUUGCUUACCGCCUCGAGUUCUUCAAACACAAGUUUGAAGUCCUGGAUGCCAUUGUCGUCAUUGUCUCCUUCGUCCUUGAUAUUGUUCUCCUGUUCCGGGAGCACGAGUUUGAAGCCCUUGGGUUGCUGAUCCUCUUGAGAUUGUGGCGAGUGGCCAGGAUUAUCAAUGGGAUCAUUUUGUCAGUGAAGACGCGGUCUGAACAGCAAGUGUCCAAGCUGAAGCAAGCCAACCUGCAGCUCACUGUGAAGGUCCAACAGCUGGAAAGCAGCUGUGCAGAGAAGGAGCUAGAAAUUGAAAGGCUCAACAACUUGUUGAAACAACAUGGACUUCUCAGCCAGCUCAGAUAGAUGCCUGGCCCUGUUCCUACUGGGCUGAAAUCCUUCCAAGGAAAUAUGUCCUGGUGCCGUGAAGCUAUUUUUUUCCUCUAUACUGUGACAUUUUGAAAAUCUCCUUUUGUACAUUCCCUGCCUUGUCUGCAAGCAUCUUCUGUUCCCUUCAUUUCUCUGAAACUCUUUCAGUAUUGUAAAGAAAUCCACAAGCUGGAAAACCCAAUUAUUCCAAUCUUUAAUUGUGCAGCUGUACAGUUUGGAAAAAAAGAACAAAAAUAAUUUAAUAAAGCCAAAGCUGUAUAAAAA